GUAAAAAGUUAAGCAAUGAAAAACAAAGCUAACCUCAAGGGGAAAAUAAAGCAGUCAUCAUCAUCACCAGCAGUAUGUUUAUCUAUCUAUCUAUAUUGUAUCUUACGCCUGCGAAAUUCAUAAUUUUUAUACCAUACCUAACUGCCUGUCGUCCUCGGAAGCACUUCCAAACCAGCGCUUAACUACCCUACGCAUUACAUUGCCUGCCCAGCUCCAUUUUUUCCUUUUACAAUCAACUAGAAUAACGGCGAGCUCUAACAAACUACUCCGCUGUCUCGUAGCACCUAUCGUCUCGAGUAUUUCUUGCUUAAUUUUGUAUGUUAUUGCCCAAACUUACCGUGGUUGUUCGUCUGCUUGCCUAUUGUAUUUUAUUGCGUAUAUCACGCACCCUGACCAUAAAUAGUUAAGCAAUGAAAAACAAAGCUACCCUCAAGGGAAAAUAAAGCCUACAUCAUCAUCAACAGUAGUCUGUUUAUGUCAUCUCCGUGCAAUUUUCAAUAACCUUUCGUCUUGCGCCAUCUGAUUCUAUCUUACGCCUGCUAACUUCCUAAUUUUCGUGCCAUACCAUAUCUAAUUGCCUGCCGUCCUCGGAAGCACUACCAAACCAGCCGUUAACUGUCCUACGCAUUACAUGGCCUGCCCAGUUUCAUCUUUUCCUCUUAAUGUCAACUAUUAUAACUGUUAGCUCUAACAAAGCACUCCGCUGUCUCAUAGCUCCUGCAGUCUUGAGUAUUUGUUUCUUAAUUUUGUAGGUUAAUGCCCAGGCUUACCGUGUUUGUUCGUCUGUUUGCCUAUUGCAUUUUAUUGCGUAUAUCAGGGACUAUGACCAUGAGAAGUUAAGCGCUGAAAAACAAAGCUAACCUCAACAUACGGCGGUUGGGUUUGUCAUGCGUUGGUAGCGCAUGACGCCGCUUGUGCUGAUAUGUGGGAAAUCACGGUAUCAUGGAGUGGAUGGCCUAUACCUUUCUGCACAACCUAUAAUUUCGGCUCUUUCGGUUUCCUCUUCCCCUACGAUGAGACAUAGUUCUUAUCCUUUCAUUUUCCAGAUUGAUUCGCUUGUUUGGAGUUGGCGCUAAGUCCGUGUUCUUCGCUUGCGCUUGCCUGUUUUUUUCUCCUGCUGUUCAUCAUUUACUUCCCAUCAGCCCAUCAAUGUCCUGCCAUAAAACACCACGGCCCGUACAGCUGGCGUUGCUGUAUAUGGGACUACGUAGAUGAAUAACCGUCAUCGAGGCGCGAACGGCCAAUAGUUAGAAAUCGUCAUCUGGGACGGUCACUUCUAGGGCGAUCACUUUCGGAGGCGAUCACACCGGCUGUGUGGACGCAUAGGACCGAAAGCGUUUCUGGCUCUGUGUGCAAGCUCGCUUUCUUAUGGUGUACAGAAUAGGUCAAGGUUUCGUGUCCUCACCUCUUUCACCGUGCUUCUCACAUACGUGUGCGUUGUCUUCUUUUUAAUUGGUGCCGUAAACGAACGACGCGAGAUCGACAUGUUCGUGUCCUGCACUCAUCUGUCGGUCGAAGAACAUGCUGGCCUUUCGAUUGUCAUCACCAGGUCAAGCGGGAGACAGCAGCACGGGGGCCGACUGCACGAGUCAAACCGGCAAGGGCCACCAUUUGUUCGAAGAAUCCCGACCCGUUUCCUCCGGACAAUACGCCCCGGGACGUCUGCAGGGCCGGAUCACCUCGACCCAUUUCUCAACUCACUGGCUGCAAUCUAAUAUCGCCUCUAUUGACAAGUUGCACGGCGUUACCAGGUCCACUGCAGUGUGGAAGGUCUUCCUGGCUGCUGGAGAGCGCGGUGAACAGCAUCUGCUGCCGCACGCUCAAGUCAGGCCACCGGUGCCAGUUGCGAGCAACGUAGGCGACACAGCGCUCCAGCUUUACCUGUGACAUGAGCAGUCCGGGAUGUCUCCGCGCAGCCGGCUACUCGACUUUGGAUGUCGGUUGGCCAGGAUGUCCAGCAGGGUGGAACUUUCUUGCUCUGCCUGUUAAAAUGCUAAGCUAUAUUGUUUAAGUGGCUCGGCCGCUCAUAUGCUCAGAUAUGUCCGUUUUGCUACAUUUGGACAUCAUUUUAUGUCAGCGAAGCGCCGUUUCCACAAUAUUUCAAGCUAAUAAUGAAUCAUCUGUGGCUGUUAAUGUCCACGCAAACAUAUGCACCGCUUUGGUUAUUCUCACGUGCAACGCUGUGCUCUAAGACUUAUUGAAUAUGCGGAAUAUCGAAAUAAUGUGUAAGACGGGUACAAUAAGUGAUAUUUCAGUGCGGAAAUCAGUGACAAUAGACUUCAAGGCCGCCGCGUUAGCAGGUGGAACUGUCCGCGCGUUUAACCGCCACAAUGUUGGCACAACUGCGUGCUUAGUCUUGCUCAUCCAGUAUUCGGUGAGGGCGACACGGCUUCCAGGUGCGACACUUCUCCCCGAGGGAGCCAAUCACGCACAACCAACAUGGGUGAGAGUGCAGAAAUCAAAAGGUGGAAGCUCCGGCACCUUUCCGAACCGUUUCCAGUGGCAUGCUGCAGGGGGCACCGCAGCAAAGUGAAAAAGGCGGAGUAGUUAAGAGAGCAUGCUCUAAACCACUUUUGUGAGCUAGACAUUUUCGAAAUAAUCCUCAGCUUUAAAUAAUUCAGCAUCGUCAUGAUUAUCAGCAUCAUCAUCAGCCUGUUUUAUGUCCACUAUAGAACGAAGGCCUCUCCCUGCGAUCUCCUGUUGCCCCUGUCCUGCGCCAACCUCUGGUAACGUGCGCCUUCGAAUUUCCUAAUUUCACCAUCCCACCUAUUCUUCAGCCGUCCUCGACUGCGUUUCCCUUGGCACCCAUUCUGUAAUCCAAAUGGUCAACUGGUUAUCUAACCUGUGCAUAACAUGACCGGCCCAGCUGCAUUCUUUUUCUUUUUAUGCCAUAGAAUAUCGGCUCUUUCUGUUUACUCUCUGAUCCACACCACUCUCGUCCUGUCUCUAAACGUUACGCCUACCAUUCUUCGUUCCAUCGCUCUUUGUGCGGUCCUUGUUUUCGAAUUUCUUUGUCAGUCUCCAACUUUAUGCCCCAUAUGUUAACAACGGUAGUAUGCACUGAUUGUACACCUUUCUUUUUAAUGAUAAUGCUUAGCUUUCAGACAGGAUCCUACAAUGUCUGCAUGCGCUCCAACCCAUUUUUAUUCUUCUUCAAGUUUCCUUCUCAUGAUCAGAAUCUCCUGUGAAUAAUGGACCUAGGUAAACGUACUCAUUCACAGGCUCUUAGAGGCUGACUGGCGAUCCUAAACUCAUGUUCCCUUGCCCGGCUAUUAUUCAUUGUCUUUGUAUUCUGCAUAUUAAUAUGACGCCCCACUAUUACACUCUCUCUGUUAAGGUCCUCAAUCAUUUGUUGCAACUCGUCCCCAGUGUUGCUGAACAGGACAAUAUAAUCUGCAAAUCGAAGGUUGCCGAGAUAUUCGGUGGUGAUCCUCCCUCUUAAGCACUCUUCCAACACUUCUUCCAAGCACGCAGUGAAUUGCAUUGGAGAGAUUGUCUCCUUGUCUGACCCCUUUCUUUGUGGGUACCUUCCUACUUGUGGAGAAUUAAGGUAGCUGUGGAAUGUCUGUGUAUAUUUUCCAACGUAUUUACGUAAGCGCCUUGUACAGGGUCGUCCCUUAUGAAAGAGAACACACGAGCGCGUGGCCCGUGCUCUACGGAGGCUGCUUAGAGCGCCAGCAAGUGGCAGCAAG